CUCCCAAGGGUUUCAAGACCUGGAAGACCACUUCGAAGCUCGUAUCUGGGGGUGCGCUUACGGAGGACAAGUCAAAGCUCAGCAACAUGACCUGGCAACAUACGCAAACGGUCGAGCUACAUUUCAAGGAUGCGUUCACGUUGAAGCCGGUGAGCAGAAGUCCACAAUUCCUUAGUGGUUGGAAGCGCUGACGUCCGAUGCAGCUCAUCCUCACAGAAGGCGCUCUCAAAGGGCAUCACGUUCUCGUUAUCGAACCUGUUGCACCGAAGAAGAAGACCAAGGUAUUUCGCUUGCUCGAUCUGCCCGCCGAGAUACGCACGAUGAUCUACGGCCACGUCUUCGAAGAGACCGGAGAGAUUCGCAUCAGAACGUACAAGCCGCGCAAGCAGCCGCGUCGCCCAGUGCGCGACAGCUUCAACACCUACUGCCGCCGCCCUUCUAUGAAAGGUCUCACAUUCGACCGUGUGCACGGCAAGUGGCUUGGCCAGAAGCCCAGCGCACUCACGAUGCUCAGCGUGAGCAAGCGUGUCUUCGAAGAAGCGGCGCCGAUCAUCUACGGGGACAACACUUUUGCUUUUGACUCAACGAAGGAGGCCCUCCUGUUCUUCGAUUGUAUUGGACAGAUGCGUAAGCAUCUCCGUACCAUUCGAUUUCACGACAUAGGUGCACCGACCACCACAGCCAACACCUUCCGCAUGCUCAAAGAUGCCAAACAGCUUCGUACGAUCGAAGUGUGCCAUGGUAUCCUGUGUGGAUCAUACUAUGACUGGGAUCGAGCUCAUCGCCCAGCUCCACCCGAUGCGCGCACUCUAGUCAACAUGCUCGCGCCGUUGGCCAAGGGCCUGUACAAGGCGUCGCCCAGCGGAGAGACCUCACACAGCGUGUUGGAUAUCAUCCGUGUCUACUCGGAGCACAAUGGAUCACGCUGCUACGGAUGCAAGAUUGGUCGCAACUGCAAUCGCGCGAAUGACACGUAUUGCAAGACGCACUGCAACGACAUUGCAGCCCAUCUCAAAGAAAUCGCGGCAGAGUGCAAAACUCGCCUCGCCUUGCAACUCAGAAUCGCCGUUUGACGAAAGCUACAUCGAAGGAGGUACGAGUCGCGAAUUGACUGAUGGGUGAUGGGUGGAGGCCACGCGUGCUGCGGGUGUUUCGGCAUCGACGAGUUUGCGGUGCUCGGAGGAGUGGGCUUGCUGUGGCAAGCAACACG